AUGGUCACGGCCCCCAGCCCUCAGUGGGGGCUCAGCCGCGGCGCGGCGGGGAGCGAUGUCCCUGCCCCGCUGGCGUCAGCCGGGAAGAGAGAGAAGGAGCCCGCCGUGAGUGAGGGCUUGGGACACGCACCAGGCGCGGGGAGCUCUCCAGCCUGCCCGGGCGCGGGAGGAUGCAGCGGGGACAGCACAAUUCUUUUUACUGUGACUCUGGUGUGGCAGGCCAUUCAUUUAGGAAAAGGCCAUGAAAAAGAAGAACAUGAAAAAGAUGUGGAAAACGUCAAUGCCACAGCUCAGAAGCAACAGCCUAAAAAUGAAGGGACUGUUAUAAAUACUCUCAGUGACAUGAAUCAGAGCUAUGAAGGUAGAAAGCAGCAGCAUUCCAGGACAUUUGUACCUUUCACUGGGAUCACAGAGAGUAAAAAGCUGAACAGGAACUGCUGCCAGAAUGGAGGGACCUGCAUCCUGGGCACCUUCUGUGCCUGCCAAAAGCAUUUCACCGGUCGGUACUGCGAAUAUGACGAGCGGCAAAGCAACUGCGGCAGCAUUGCCCACGGUGCCUGGGUGCUGCAAGGCUGCCGGCUGUGCCGCUGUGGCUACGGCGCCCUGCACUGCCUCUCCGACAUCGUGCACGGCAGCUGCGAUCUGAAAGCAGAAGACAAGGAAAUGCCAAGGCUAUAUUCUAAUGGCCAAAGAUUACAGCAAACAGCAUUUGCACUCUUUUGCCUAGUCCUCUUCAUCCUGGAGCUCUGCUGCUGGCAGCUAUGA